AUGGCAGCCCAGAUACGCCUUCAAUACGGCAAAGCAAAGGUGCUUGAAGUCGGUAAGGCGGCUCAAAAGACAAAAGAAGAAGCCAAGACCGUUUUCGACAAUGAUGGGUGCAAACCAGACGACCAGGAUUUGUAUCAAUGGGUCACCCUGAAUUACCCCAAGCCUCAAUGCCAAUAUAACGAGUAUGCGUCGGCAGCUGCUGCAUACAUGGCAGCUUUACAGGAGGUUGAUCCGAGUGCGGCGAAAGAACGGCAAGAGGCCCAAAACAAAGACCUCGGCCCGUUGCUCGGUUCCGAGCAUGCCUUUGAGAGGAACUUUUAUAUCAACUUGCCUGAGGAGUAG